ACCCGACCUCCAUUCUUCACGACAACCGCAUUGUUACCGCGUGCCAAGCCAUGGCCACCGCCGAGCCAGCUCCCAGGCCGCAAGACCGCCACUCCCGCCGCCGCCCCUUCACCGCAUGGAUCAAGCGCGUCGCCAAUCUCAAGGGUUCCGCGCCGGCCCAGCCUAAAUCCAAGAAGGCGGCCGCCGUCAAGAACAACCCGUACCCCGAGUCCGGCCACCUCCACCGCCCUGCGCCCGCGACCAGCAGCACGAAUGGACACCUUUCCUUCUCCGAGCCCAUCUCCCAUCGUCACAGCUACGACUCCGACGAGGCCUCGGACCGCCCGGAGGACCCUGGCACCGUCAAGUCGGCCGCCCCGACCCUUGCGACCAACGCCGAGACGAUAUACUCUGAUGCAGGCCAGUCGAAAGCCGAGACGAGCAACACCAGAGGCGGCAUCAGCUCACAUCAUGAUGGCGGCGCCAAUAGCACCUUUUCCUCGCCAAACCACUCCGAGCGCUCUCUGACCACGACUCUGACCACCAUACAAUCGACUACUCCUUCCGGCCUCCUAAACAGCCAGCACGCCGGUACCGUGCCACAGAACAACCUGCACCCAGCCAGCGUGCAUUUUUCGCACCAAUAUCCCGUCUCUCCUGCUUCUGCCGUACCUGCUCAUUUGCAGCCGCAAGCGAACCCCAACACCUAUCAGGCCGCGACAGCUGGCAAUAUGCUCUCGGACAACGCUUCGAUUUUGACCCUCGCAUCUUCCUCCAAACGCCGUCGCCGUAACUCUCUCGACACGAAUGCCUCGGUUCGCGCAUUAGCCCCCUCAUCUGUCUGGGGCGGAAGUCGCGAGUCCCUCCCCCUCAGUGUUCUCAGUGGCAAUAUCGAGACUGCAAGCACUGUUGGCACGCCAAGCGGCCUGUACCACAGCCAAAGCCGUGCUGCCGUUGGUGGAUUUGCAAGUGCUGAGCGGGCCAGUGUUUACUCUUCAUCUGGCGUCACUGCGCCAGCAUUGCCCUCGGAGCGCAACAGUUUCUAUGCGGGCAAGCAGGGAGUCGACACGGGCAGCAUUAGGAGCGGGCUUCUCGGUCACGGCCGCACUGAGAGUCUUUCCGGCAGCGUAUACGCCGGUAUUGGUCCAGCGCCAACUGGAAGCCCGCUGGCGACCCCGGCGCAUGCGUCUACCCCUGUACGCGUCACCGCCAGCAGACGUAGCAGCGACUGGAAGGAGCAAGACGCAGAACACAAGGACGAUCACAAGGAACGCGAGGUGAACGCAAAAGAUAUCAUUACAGAAGCUGAUUAAGCCGGACCCACCUUUUGGUACGAUGAAGUGGAGGAAUUUUGGGCGUUUUUUCCUGAGGAUGAAGGAGUUCUUUUGUACGUGCGUUGCUGCGAUUUGCUUUCCUACUGCUGCUGACAGGAGUUUUCUUUUUUGACCAAGGCCGGGCACAAUUCCGAUACCCUACAAGUCCACCCGAGUCUGUUAAUUGAGAGUCAUUUUUCCCUUAUCAAUCAUGUACGGUGCUGAUUGACGUUAUCUGCACGCGGGAGUGUAUAUGCCUUCCCGUUUUGCGAGUCUCAUAUAUCUGUCUGCUUCCUGUUACACCGACA